GCACCCCCCCUUCUAAUGAACAGGUUUGACUACUUUAGUAAUUUCCAUGAGUACAAAUCUUAAUGUUUAAGCAUAUAAUGAUAUUCUAGGGAAAUGUGUGCUUCUAAUUUUGAAAUGUUAUAACACUAACUUCUCUUAAGUAGUAACAAAACAAUUAUUCACUAUAUGGGAUUGUAUAUCAUUUAGGUCCAAUUUAUCUUAUUUAUUUGUACUUUUCCCACAAUGUUUUGGUUAAGCAAAUUCACAAUUUUUUGAAGCUUCACUACAGUAAAAAGACAUCAAUAAAGAACCUUUAUUAGUAGUAUAAAUGUUAUGUAAUCCUCUUAUUGCUUACCUCCUUUGACUCUCAUCACACAAUCAUGUGAAGAGUAAUGGUUCUAUAGAGCAAAUAAUGCUAAAUGACAAACACUUACCCUCUGAAAGCAGGUCUUCAAUUGAAUCGGUUUGAUUUAGUUUCUCUCAUCUGCCUUCCUAAAUUGUCAAAGUAAACCCACUCUCUAUCCAAUCAGAAAACAGAAGCUGAGCAUAUUGCUAAUUAAUUAUGUAAAACAGGAGGAGCUCUGUAGAGUUUAUAUACUGAUGUCUACACAGUAAAUCUACACAAUAAAGCCCUCUGAUAUUCUGAAGAGUUUGAAGAAGAAAUCAUCAGCAGCAGCGCUACAGCACCACAAUGAGUCAAAACAGCGUUCGUAUUGUUCUGGUGGGUAAAACAGGAGUCGGCAAGAGCGCCGCAGGAAACACUAUUCUCGGUGAGAAGGUGUUCAGUUCUGAAGCAAGAGCUGCAUCGAGCAAUAAACAGUGCAAAUCUGGAAAAACGAUAAUAAAUAACAGAGAGGUGCUUGUUGUGGACACUCCUGGUCUAUAUGACAGAAACCUGUCUAAUGAUGAAGUGAUGAAAGAGAUUGUUAAAUGCAUCCCUCUUGCAGCUCCAGGUCCUCACGUCUUCCUUCUCGUCCUUUCCAUCGGCCGCUUCACUGCAGAGGAAAAAAACACAGUUGCACUCAUCCAGAAAGUCUUUGGCACUAAGGCAACAGAACACAUGAUGGUCUUGUUCACCAGGGAAGACGAUCUUGAAGAGAAGACAAUUAAAGACUAUAUUUGCAAGACUCCAGAGAUAAAGGAUGUGAUUGACGCAUGUGAGGGCAGGUACCAUGCAUUUAACAACAGAGAGAAGGACUGUGCACAAGUCAGUCUCCUCAUGAGGAAGAUUGAAGCCAUGAUGACACACAAUCAAAACAGCUGUAUAACUACUUCAAAUGGCUAAUGAGCUCAACAAUACCAAGAAAACUGUGAAGGAAAAAGAUUAAAUCAUUGCUGAACUAGUAAAAAAAAAAAAACCAAAGCAACAAAAACAAAAAGAAACAAAGCAAAAAGAAGUAUACAGCUCAUAUUGUACCAUAGCAUAAGCUUGAGAUGUGAAUGAAGUCAGCAUAGCAGAGCACCAGGAACAGAAAAAGUCUAAUCAUUAAUGUAACAACAAACAAAGUAGAAAUAUAGUCAAAUCAUGUGUGUGUUUUUAUAACCUUUAUGUUUUUCUUUCUGCUUAUAAAGUAAUGGUUUACUUUAUUAUUAUUAACUUUGGGGCCUACUAAACUUUUAAUGUGUUUCUUGUACAAUGAAAUCAGAAAAUAAAAUCUGCGUUUUACACCA